UGAUGACGCGUUUCUAAGCAGAAGAUGUGCGUAGCAACAAGCUAAGAAACCACAUCUGUGUGAACUCCGAGUCAAGUGGAGCGCGUACACACGCUGAGAGGUUCCGUCUUCCGGAGAGACAAGUUUUCGAAGACGGAACAGACAUUUCUGGAGAAAAAGGUGUUGACAAUGUCGUGAGUUCAGCUCGCUGGCCUAAAAAAAAGACAGACAGACAAGCGGUUCCUCUGAAAGAGAACCGAAUAUUUUAGCGAUACGCUCGAGCGCUAGCAUGAAGCUAGCGUCUGUUGAAAAGUACGAAGUGUCUAGCUAGUAGUCGACCAUUUUCCCACUUUCGACCAUUUCCUGCGGUUGGGAUGGUGCUUUCGGACGACGGAAGUAUCCGUGCUGUGAAAGGGCUGAAGAGAGAACAGGCUGGACGUCUCUGUUGGAUUUGGACUCCAACUCUUUCAGGGAGCGGCGCUCAUGUGGAUGUGUGUUUUUGUUCUGCUGCAAGCUGACCGAAACGCGUUUUCUUUUUGAUCCUGGGAGUUUUCUGCCUCUAGAGGAAAGGAAAAGCACGGCAUUUACAGAAGUUUAUUCGACUGUUUUUAUUAUUAUUAUUCUUGUAUAAAGCUUGCUAAGUUAGGUGUAGCAUUUCCCACAGCUCAUUGGCUUGGAGCCAGCACUAACUACACUGGCUUAGCUGAAAGGAUCUGGCCUGUAAAUACUCCUGACACUCGAGGGGAGGAAAAGACACUGUACAUGACCAUGGCUUAGUUGUGCAUUGCAUUGUGCUGGGUUCUACUUGAAGAUUCGCCAGGACAGGAUUUCUAGACAUGACCUGAAGCUGUAGUGACGUUCAUAUUUGUUUGUAUUGUGAACACUUUAUUUUAUUUUAUUUUAUUAUUAUUUUUUUUAAGAAGAAGUCUUGCAAAAACAAAAAAGAGAGAAGAGAGAGAAACAUUUCAUGUUGUGCGCAAUAAUUCUCCACAAGCAUGAUGAUACUGAGCAGAAAACCAGAUGGCCCGGUCACAGCAGGACAGAGAUGUCAUAGCUCGACAUGGAGACGGUCUGUAUGACUCUUACAUGCGCACGGACCACAUCGUGAAUGAAGAAGCAGACUUAAACGGACAGAGCCCCGGUACCCUGCCCCCAUUGCACAAACACACAGCUGUGAACAAGCCAACGGUGAAGGAUCACCUUGGAGUCCGAGGAGGUCAGAUGAAGAUGAAGUACCUGUAUGAGGAUUCGUACAACCGCAAGCCCAAUGGCAUAAGCCAGCACAACGGUACCAGCCAAACUCCUGCCAAGCCCCAGUCUGUUCUCUCCAAAGAGCGGAGUGUGGAUAGCAACAGUUCAGCCAAGUCCUCUGAAAGCUCAGCGAAGCCAACCAAGCUGGGGGGUCCCCUUGUCCCAGACCAGGCAGUGAAGCAGUACAGGCAACAGCUGAGUGCACUAGAACAGCAGGAGAUCCUCGGUUAUCCUGAGAUCUACUUUGUGGGACCAAAUGCCAAGAAGAGACAAGCAGUUGCAGGAGGCUCUAACAACUCUGGAUAUGAUGAUGACCAGGGAGGUUAUAUCCAUGUGCCACACGACCAUGUUGCCUAUCGUUACGAGUUCCUAAAAGUGAUCGGUAAAGGCAGUUUCGGUCAAGUGGCGAAGGUCUAUGACCAUAAGUUACACCAGCAUCUCGCUCUAAAGAUGGUGCGCAACGAGAAACGGUUCCACCGGCAAGCAGCAGAGGAGAUUCGAAUCCUGGAACACCUGAAAAAGCAGGACAAGACUGGCAGCAUGAACGUAGUCCACAUGCAAGAGAACUUUACCUUCCGUAAUCAUAUCUGCAUGACCUUCGAGCUGCUUAGCAUGAAUCUCUAUGAACUCAUCAAGCGCAAUAAAUUCCAGGGUUUCAGUCUGCCUUUGGUACGCAAGUUUGCUCACUCCAUCUUGCAGUGUCUGGAAUCUUUGCACCGCCAUAAGAUCAUCCACUGCGAUCUAAAACCAGAGAACAUUCUUCUCAAGCAGCAGGGUCGGAGUGGUAUCAAGGUCAUUGACUUUGGCUCUAGCUGCUUUGACCACCAGCGUGUCUAUACCUAUAUUCAGUCCAGAUUUUACAGAGCACCUGAGGUCAUCCUAGGCUCACGCUAUGGCAUGCCCAUAGACAUGUGGAGCUUUGGCUGCAUUCUUGCCGAGCUCCUGACAGGGUACCCUCUCUUUCCUGGUGAAGAUGAGGGUGACCAAUUGGCCUGCAUGAUGGAGCUAUUGGGCAUGCCCCCUCAGAAGCUUUUGGAGCAGGCCAAACGUGCCAAGAACUUCAUUAACUCCAAAGGCCACCCACGUUACUGCACGGUCACCACACUCAGCAACGGCACCUUGGUGCUUAACGGGAGUCGUUCACGGCGAGGCAAGAUGCGGGGUCCCCCAGGUAGCAAGGAGUGGGUGACGGCACUCAAGGGCUGUGAUGACCCCACCUUCAUUGACUUUCUGAAGAAGUGUCUGGACUGGGAUCCCACCACUCGCAUGACGCCAGUUAUGGCUUUGCGACACCCCUGGCUCUACAGGAGGCUACCCAAGCCUGUGCCUGGCGGAGAGAAGACCUUGGUACCCAAGCGGAUUAGCGAGCAUAGCACUUCCUUCCCCAGCAUCGUCCCUAAGGUUCCCCCUGUAAUGGGCCCAACCAACAACAAACUGAGGACCAAAAUGAUUGGGGACACUGAUGGGAAUAUACCAUUGCGUACAGUGCUACCAAAGCUUGUUUCAUAGAGCUGAUCACCUGUUUAGGGAUAAAGACAACAUUGUAGCAAAGUUUUUAGUGGUGGAUUUAAUUUGUUUUUGUUUGCUUUUUAAAAUAAUGAGUGGCAAUACUCAGUGUUUUGACUUCAGUUUUUAAAAACAAUGAAGCACAAAAAAGAUACAUUUUUAUAUGGCAUUUGAAAAUAGUGUUUAUUUUCUUCAAACGGCCUUUGAAAGGGCACUUGGAAAUGUACUAAUUUAGUUAUGAUUUUACACUUUUGUUAGGAAUUGAAUGCUUCUCAAGUGCACAAGUGGGUGAAAAUAUUAUUCUGUACCCCUAAGGGUUUUUACACUAUCUCUGCUAAGACAAACUGUUUUUUCUAAGGGCUGCCUUUUAAAUCUAUGCUGUUAAGGGCUUAGAAACAUGCUGGGUGUUUUGAAUGAUCUCCAAAUCUAAUCUAAUUUAAGACUUGUGAGAUGUAUCUACAGCAGAGAGCCUCACUGGCUUGCCAGAGGCCCCAGCAGUUCUCUGAUUUAGCAAACAAAUGAUAUAUGUCAUUAUUUUAAUUGAUCAAUUAUUGCAAUAACACUAGAAGGUCGUAAUUUUGCUACGUCACAUAGAAGUUCUGUCUCAUGUGCUCCAAUAGGUCAAAACAUGGUGCAUUGCCAGAAUGAACCAGGCUCUAGUCUGUCUGUAGCAGGGAGACUUUAAUUUCCUUCUUUUCUUAUCUUCCAAGAAGCGGUUGCAAAAGAUUGCCCUACAGUGAGAUAAUAAGGAACUUAGUUUGUGUCAGGAGCAGCAUAGUGCACCAGGGUUUGGUUUUUGAAAGCUGUCAGUCAGGUUGUACUUGAAAGAAAUAAGCAAGAUGACAAGCAGGGCCUGUACGUAUGCAUUCAGGAAGUUUGCGCUUUUCGAGCAGCGGUUGUGACUUAAAUAGGGAUCGAUGUUUCUGGCCAUGUUAUCAUUUUAACCAUUUCUUGCUGGAUUUAGAUUAAGGACAAACUAAUCAGGGAGCUCUGUGUCAUAGAGCCAUAAGCUUUCCCUUCUUUUUAAAUCUCAGAAGCUGGUUAUUCCUCACUGAUUCAGCUUGGAAGCCUGCUGUUGUGUCUUCUGACACUGCUCUACACUGUGACCUGUUUUUCUUCUGUUUUUGUUCUACUCUCUUCCAUGACAACACUUAAAUCGUCCUCUUCAUACACUCAUGCUUUUGACUGCACCACAGAGCACGUAGACAUGCAAAUGUUUUUUACUUUUAAGGAAGGGCUUUUGAUAACCGUGAACACCUGAUUUUACAGAAGCACAGCUGUUCGUUGACACUGCCAUGACUUAUCACACUUGCUGGCUGUGAACUGACACUGAAUGCUUAAACACUCGUUGUAAUGAGGCAAACACAAUUAAUUUUUUUUUUAGGAACUGAAUGGUGCUGACCUUAUGGGGCCCCUCACUUGCAUGCCGUGCCUGUAACAUGCAUCUGUGUCCUUAGGACCAAUGAGUGUAACCAUAGGUGUUGUAAAAAAACAAACAAAAAAAACUCACUGCCAUAGAGUUCUGUAUUUGUGAUUUGUAGAGUCAAAUCACCUAUUUGUCAGGUUUUCACCUCAUCUAGGUAUGCAUGAUUACACACAGGAAAUGUAAGCUGCUACAAGCACAUGGUAUGUUCAUUCAUUUUCUAGAUUCUUUUAUUUAAAUUGGCGGUCAGCUGAAUUAAGACAGGAUGCAAACCAAGCAGGUGAACAGCUUAAUGGCCCUGUAAUGGUUCUCUCACAGCACCCUAAAAAGUUCUUCAUUCGUACCACUUCUAUUUCUACACCAUAUGGUUUCCUUUUUAGAAAAAUGUAACCAAUGACAACAUGCAACCCAUUAUUCGAAGAGAAUUAUUUUGUUAAUUCACCAAUCGAUUUCUUUCAAUAACAAAUGCUUCUGGAUAAAAUCUGUUAAAGUGUAUGGGGAAAUUAUGGAGGCAUAACAUGCAGCCUAUGUUAAUCUACCUCUUAAUUACUCAUCACAGGCUCUGGCAAGAUCUAGAACGAUCACUGUAAAGUCAAGAUGUAGCAUCUUUCACUUCAGUGCUUCUGACUGUUAGCUUCAAUGUCUAUAUUUCCCUAAUUUCCUUCUCGUUUUUGGCGCAUGGUCCUGUCUGUUGAGAAAACUCCAGUCCUUUACCUUUAGUGGAGCGCUUGAUUAAAUCACCUUGGCUCUACACAUUGCCUCCUUACCAAAUUCUGUACCUUCUAUGAUGUUUCUGUUCCUUCUUUUUUUUCUUUUUUUAAACUUCUCUCGUGUGUACUUUUUUUUUUUACUCUUGACGUCAUUGCCGGUUUGCAAGUUGAAAGUUUCCAAAAGAGAACAAAAUGACAAUGGUGUCAUUUCCCUACUGUGGUGUCUUUGUACCCAUUUGCAGCAUGAAUAUGAAAAUAAGUGUAAAAGGACUGAAUGAUGAGAAUUGUGUCCAUAAAAUAACCAAAUGAACUUGUAUUAGUUUUUUUUUUUUAAAAAGAUGAAUAAAAUAAAUAUUAACUGCAA